AUGCCCAAGCAACAGGUCUACCAUCUUCACCCACUGGGCUGGGAAAACGACCCCGAAGAGGAGCGCUUCAAGGUCACCACACUCGACUACCUCACCGUCUGCAGCUACAACAACUACGCCCUCUUCUUCAAGCUAGAGGACUCGGAGAAAGAAAGAGCCGCUGAGAUCCUCAAGGCUGGGCUGGAGAGGACGCUGGCUCAGGCGAGACACUACUGUGGGACCAUUGAGAAGGAUCCUGGCGGUGGUCACUCGUUUACCAAGAAGAGGGAUAGUACUGUGAAGUUUUUUGUGCAGUGGCUUGAUGCACCUGAGGAUGCGGAUAAGUAUCCUUCGUUUGAGGAUCUGGAGAAGACGAACUUUAGUGCUGUGACGCUUGGGGAUCUUGAGCAAUGGAGUGUACCGCCCAUGACAUAUGGUGAGAAGCCAGAAGCACAUCCUGACAACAGUCCUGUCGUGUCAGCCUUCAAAGCCAACUUCAUCCGCGGUGGUCUUGUCUUCAACAUCCAUCAUCACCAUUAUACCAAUGAUGUAAUGGGCUGGGCGGGCUUCGUCCAUCAGCUAGCUGAGAACUGCCACGCUGAUGUGAACGGCACCAAACAUCCAAGCUGGGACCCUCUCAACCUCGACGUCUCGCGCCUCAUCAAGCAAGAGCCCCCAGAAGACCAAAAGAUCGAUGGCCCAGCUCCCCCAGAACGCCACCCCGCCCAUCAAGUCGGUGUAUCUCUGCUCUUCCACCUCCCCAAGAGCAAAGCAGCCGAGCUCAAAGCUAAGGCUACUCCUACUGACGGAACAUGGAUCUCGACAUACGAUGCCUUCUCAGCCUUCAUCUGGCGCAACCUCACGCGUAUCCGAGCGCCCGUCUUCAACCCCGAUCCGAACUCGACUUUAUACUGGUGUGAGGCGAUUGAUAUGAGACGACGAAUGCACAGCCCAAAGGUGCCACCGCGCAUCCAGCACAACGUCAUGUUCGCUGUGACAUCUCCUACUGCGCCUGUUACGCAACCAACUGUCGCGCAGAUAAUGUCGGAGUGGUCGCUGUCAGAGUUGGCGUCGUACAUCCGUCGCUUGACUAAUAGCGUCACGCAAGAGAACCUUGACAAGACGCUUGAGAUGGUGGCAACCAUUCGCGACAAGACGUCACUGAACACACGAGUUGAUGCACAGCCCCCGCUGUCGAUUCUCCAGACCGACCAUCGCGAUGCAAACAUCACUUCGGCUGACUUUGGCUUCGCGAAGCCAGCUACGUACCGUCACCUACUCGAUCGCAUCACAGAGGGUGUUAUCAUUGUGUACCCACCUCGCGACCCAUCGCCUGAGUCAGAUGAGGGAUGCGAGUUUGCCAUCUUCUAUGAGAAGAGACUUGCUCAGGACUUGAUCAAUGAUCGCGAAUGGAGUGAGUACUUCGAGUAUAGAGGCGUUGAUGCUGAGGAUGCCUCUGAAGCCAAAAAGGCAAAUGGCACAAACGGAGUGAACGGCUCGUCAUAA